AACGAGUACAAAUGGCGGCAUCUAGUCAAGUUAUUUCGUAUUAAAUGUUUUGUUGAAAAAUACAACUACAGAUGAGUGUAACCGUAUUUCGGUUUUUAUAUCGCUGAAUCCAAAUGAUGAGGUAUGCACGAGGCAGCUCACAAUGGUGCCGGUAACUGUGCUUCAAUACCACCGUCAAAUUUGUGAUUUGUAUAUCUUCUACUAAUCUAGUAUUGAUAAUACACCGUCUAACGGAAAAAGCAUGUGAUUAAACUUGCUAAUACAAGUAUAAAACUUAAUAGGAUGUAAGUAUGGCAGAAGGUGGAAUAAAACCAAAGCACGGUAACAUUCAGGUAUCUAAAUUUCAAUUGGAGAUAAAUGAGUGUCUUGGUAAUUGGCUAGUGUACUUACAGACGCUUAAUGGCCUGUGCACAGCGGGUACAAAAUUGGCUCAAUCAUUACAAACGCUUUUGUCAGCUCAUGAUACGUUAACACAAUGCAGGUUAACAGGACAGUGUCUUGCCGGUUGGGAGGAGCUUACAAGAGCAACAUGCAUAGCCAGCAAUACUGUGAGAAAUCAUAUUAUUUCUGCAUUAAGGGAUCAUGAAACUCGAGAGAAUGAAGGGCAUAAGCAUGACAUACUUAGAGAUAAUUUAUUGUCAUUCAUAAAUCUACAGUAUCAAUUCUGCGUUGCUUGUUGCGAAUGCUUAGGGGGAAUGGCAGAAUGCUCCUGUUCUCAGAGUGGUACAACUGAAUGUGAUAUUGCCUCUCUUCAACAAUGUUUUGAAAGACUGUACAGUUCGCAACCACUAGUAUCUUCGUCGUCGAUGCAACAAUCUGUACAAAAUUUUCGUAGAUCACCUUUACCAUAUCCCUUAUUUCCUCUGCAGGUUCAGAGGAGAUGGUCCGAAACCGCAGCCGUGGAAAUGUCGGGUGGAGUAUUAGGAAAUACUAUGAGAAGAUGGUCUAUGCCAUGGGAUUGUAAAAACAUCACAGGCUGGCCGCGACAAGAUAUUAUGUCGCAAUUAAGAAUACCUCAUCAAAACAGAAGUAGAUCUACCACACCAGAUGCAAUAUGGAAAGCAUCUACUAUGGCUAGUCACGAUGGCUUGCAGGAGGCAAUUCAAUUGUUAUCUUGUAAACCAGGAAUUAGGCCACUAAAUAAAUUAAUUGCUUACACAAAUCAGCAUAUCCCAGGUGUUACAUUAACAGCGUGCAAUUUUGGGUCAAACUACGAUUCUAUUAUGUGGCCAGCAUCUCGCAAAAGUGGUUUCCCAAGGUAUUGGCCACGCAGUUCCCAUUCAAGUGACCAUUCUGAUCAAUCAGGACAUCGCGAAAGUGAUGAGAGUGCACAUAGUGGAGAACACAGAGAUUCGGAACAAAGUGGAACUAGUGGUAGUCACCGAGAUAGCAAAGAUAGCAUUCAUUCGCACAGUGAUCAUAGAGAAAUCGAAUUUGGUACCGUAGAUACACUACCAUUACGUAAGAGCAGUUCUUCGACGGAUUCUUGCAUAUCAGCCUAUAGUCGGUCAGGUUCCGAGAGCGCGGGUGGUGGGGAAUGCGCGAGAUCUCAAUUAUAUUCUAUGUGGAGUGGCAGUGAUUUGCCUUUCAUUAAAUUGCCAGAAAGCAAUGAAACGCAAGACGAACAUCCGCCUGUAUAAAUACGUGGUAUGUAAACAUGUUUCGUGUUUUUCUUUCAAGUGCUGCAACUUUUGUUGUAUUUAUAACCGCAAUGCAGUAACGCGCGUUAAUAAUGCGUAUAUGAAUUAAUGUAUGUGAUUGUUGAAAAUACGCGUAAAACGCGGCAUUCGAUGUUCAAUAUAAACUAGAAUUGAAUGGAUGUGUUUGUACAAUAUAUUGCGCGAUAAAUCGGUACAUAAUCGUUCAAAGAAUGAAAUAUAUUCGAAAUAGAAUUGUUUAUAAAAAUUGAUUGUAAGAUUUUUGAUUGUCUGCGCUAGUUUAUUUAUGGACGAUCAUUUGAUAUUGGCUCCGUUUUCUCUGUCUAGUCUAUCAAUAGUUUUCAAGGAAAAAUUGCUCAUCGGUAUCUUUCCAAUAUAAUUUCAUUUCCGAGUUCCGCUCUUAGUUCAAUAUGUUAAAACUUUAAUGGAAUCUCCAAUUUUUAGUAUCAAUAUUAUGCUAAUAUGUUGUUAUUUAUAUUACAUAUAACCACAUGAAUUGGAAAUUGAAAA